UUCUACGUAAAUAAAUCAAAGCCGUCCUGUUUAUGUUAUGCCAAUAGCGGGUAUACGAAACGAAACGAAAAACGUAAAUUAAACACGAAAAUAGAGGAAAUUGCUGUUCGUUUUCCACAGCAAAACACAAAGGUGCAAACAAAAGCAUUGUAACACCGAAAACGCACCGUGAUAGAAAACCAAUUCCGACGGGAAUCGUUUUCCGUUCGUUCGUAUCGCGAAUAGUAAAGCAAACCCACCACCACCACCAUGGAUCCGGAGGCGUUCCUUGAUAUCGCCAACCAGGUGAUCAAGCUGAAGAUGUUCCCGUACUUUGACAUCGCGCACAGUCUGCUGUGUGCGCUUUCGGUCAAGGAAGAUCUCGGUGCCGGUGCACACACCUUCUCACGGAAGCAUCCGCUCGCCUGCUGGCUGUCGACGAUGCUGGUCGUCUUUGCCGGCGGUAUGGUCGCGAACGGGCUGCUGGGCGAGCCUAUUUUGGCACCGCUGAAGAACACACCGCAGCUGCUGGUUGCCACCGCCUGCUGGUAUAUUGUAUUUUACACACCGUUCGACAUCGGAUAUAAGGUUGCGAAGUUCUUGCCCAUCAAGCUGGUGGCAAGCGCGAUGAAGGAGAUCUACCGUGCGAAGAAGAUUCACGACGGUGUGACACACGCGGCUAAACUCUAUCCGAAUGCGUUCAUCAUCAUGAUCAUUAUCGGUACGCUGAAGGGCAACGGUGCCGGCUUCACCAAGCUGAUCGAGCGCCUCAUCCGUGGUGUAUGGACGCCAACGGCAAUGGAGUUCCUGCAGCCAAGCUUCUACACUAAGGCAUCCCUGAUCGCCUCGAUCAUCUUCGUGCUGGAUAAGAAAACGGACCUGAUCUCGGCACCGCACGCACUGGUCUAUUUCGGCAUCGUCAUCUUCCUGGUGUACUUCAAGCUGUCCUCCAUUCUGCUCGGCAUUCACGACCCGUUCGUGCCGUUCGAGAAUUUGAGCUGCGCCCUACUGUUCGGCGGUAUCUGGGACAGCUUGGCCAAGAUACUGGGCCGUGGCCAGGCCAAGGAGGAACCGAAGGAUGCGAAAAAAUCCAACUAAACGCACCGCAAACAGUGGCGUAGAGCAUUUUCACUGCUCUCUCCCUUACUAAUUGUGUGUGUGUGUGUGUGCGCGUGCGUAUAUGUAUUGUGUUGUAGGCGUUUUUGAGUUUUUGAAAUUAGUUUUUUUUCUGUUUUUACGGUUUUAACUUUUCUUUUCCAAUGUUCUGUUGAUUUACGAAAAACGUGGUAUUUGCUUAUGUUUAAUUGCUUGCCUAUCUUUUAUUUAUAAAAGAGGGAAAGCGAGAGAAAAUAAGAGCGUGUGAGAGCGAUUGUUUGAAUAUUACCGGCCAGAUCAGAUUCACACUCACACGCGAGUAGGGGGUAAUACACGCAUGCAAACGAUCACGCAAACGCCGCUGACACAUGCGUUUGUACGCGCCUAGCAGCUAACAUUCUAAUUUAAGCGUUGAGGAAAAUGUACGGUUCGGUCUAGGGUAAGGUUCGCAGCAGUUUUGUUUGAUGCAUACUUUUCAAUGCUUGCCAUAAAGUAAACCGGCGAACCGGUUUGCAUGUUUAUCGCCAAAAAUCAACAAAAACCAAAGGUGAAACACGUGUUUUUAGUGUUUAGGGCUGGCUUAAGUUUAUUAAUAUUAUUUAACGAUUCAAUUAGUCCGUUUUUUGCGUUUCCUAGUCCGUCGUAGAUACGUAGAGCGUAGGCAGGCGGCGGCAUUAUGCUUAUUUUGCAGUAGAGCUAGUCAAAUUAUGUUUAUUUGUGAUUUUUUUUUAAACGAACCCGGACGGUACGUAACAAUCGAGCAAGCGAACAAACAUGCAUGCAAGGAAGCAAAAAAAAGCACCCCUACAUAACAGUGGGUGGUAUGUGGGGAGUCCUUUUUUUAUGUUGGUCCAUAAGUGCAUAAAACCCAAUAACUGAACGAAGUUUACCAUCGACAGCAGAGAUACACACAGACACACGCCCGAACUUGAAAAGACUUAACUUAACUUUUACUAGACAUGGACGCAAGGAGGUUUUUUUUUUUUGGUGGAUUG